AUGGGAACCGGAGUUCCACCGCAAGCAUGCGCAUCUCAAUACAAACCUCAUCCCACUGAGACCAUGAAGGCAGCAGUAUGGAUGGAUCCUUGGAACAUCGAAAUUAGAGAUGUCGCCAAACCAGUCAUUACCGAACCGGCCGAUGCGAUUGUACAAAUCACACAUAACACCAUCUGCGGCUCGGACCUACACUUAUAUACUGGGGAACCAAAAGACUACACACGAAAAGGCAUGAUAAUGGGUCACGAGGCCAUUGGAUUUGUCACGGAAGUUGGUUUCGAUGUAAACUACCUACAGAUCGGCGAUCGCGUCAUCAUUCUACCCAUAAUCGCUUGUGGCAAAUGCCAAUAUUGCGAGCGGAAAGAAUUCUCUUUCUGUGAUACAACAAAUCCAUCAAAGACAAUGGAAAAGCUAUACGGACAUCGAUUAUCUGGUGCCUUUGGCUACUCCGAUGUAAUGGGUGGUUAUCCAGGCGAUCAGGCAGAAUACUGUCGUGUCCCCAACGCAGACUUGACCUGUGUAAAAGUACCUGCAGACACGGAGCCAAAGAAACUGCUUGCUUUGGCUGACGUGACUACGGCUGCGUGGCAUGGCUGUGAACUGGCUGGAGUGGGAGAGGGAGAUAUUGUCGGGGUAUGGGGAUGUGGACCGGUUGGAUUAUCGAUCCAGCGUCUCGCGUUAUUACGUGGGGCAAGUAGGGUCUAUGCCAUCGACAAAGAUUCCCAGAGACUUCAGAUUGCGGAGGUAUAUGGUAUGAUCCCCGUGGACGUUACGCGGCAUCCAAACGUCUCCGAUUACAUACUUUCUGUGCAACCACACGGACUGGACUGUGGUAUUGAGGCCAGUGGGUUUCGGAGCACCAAUACGUCUAAGCAUGUAGCUAUGCGAACCAUGCGAAUGGAGACAGACAGCGGUGAUACAGUACACGCGGUACUCAAAUCCACUCGCAAAAGUGGUCGCGUCGCUCUCAUUGGAGAUUUUUUUCUCGGGACGAAUGAUUUCCCCAUUGGAAUGAUGAUGCAGAAAGGCAUUACAAUUAGAGGAGAUGAGUUCGAAAAUAUCGGCAAAUACUAUAAAAUGUUUUCCCACCAUCAAAUACCUGGAGGUUUGAAAGUAUGCCUGACAACGGUCCAUGGCCGCGGUAUGUGUUCAUAG